GCAGUGUUUUUAACGUCAAGCUUCCUGGAGCACCGGUGGCGGCUGAGUCAGUUGCGCUGAGCAAAAACGAAAGAUGAUCUUGGUUUUUAAUGAUCGUUAAUAAUUUAUUCCACCAGACAUGUAUAUGAUUAUGACGAGUAGUGAAAUAGUUCACUCGAGGAGUCAUUUAUCGGGGAGAUCAUUAGCUUUUUCCAUAAAUACCGUAGAUUAGCUUUCUGUCUGGUAAUCUGGUUAAUACAGUUCUAUGAUUUUAACCAGUUAAUCUUAUUUAUUAAAGUCAUCCAUUGUUUUUAAACUAUCUGCGGCAGAAGACGUGCGUGACGGUGUUACACUCCACGAGCCGUGCAGAUAUGGGAUAACAGCAGUAAUCAGAUUAAACGUGUUAGACUUCACUGUUGCACACGAAUUGUUUUGCAUGUUGUCAUGGAUCCGAGCAGUCAACAGAGUGGGAAUAUGGAGGAAGUGAAGAUAUUUGAUCCAUCCAUUCUUUCACAAUGUCUUGAUCAGAUAGAUUUAGCUUAUUCGGACAGUGAUGUCCCAUCAGAAAACCACUGUGUGAAUGAAGACCACAGGAUGCCUUCAGACCCAGAGGGGCUCUUGGACUCAGCAGACCCUACAUCAGAGGAAAGCAACCAACCGCAAGAGCCUUCAACAGAUAUGCAGAAGCUCCACAUCGAUGAUGACAGGUCUCUGUGUGCCGGUGGUUCGGAGACUGAUUCUGGGAAAGCAUCCGAGGACUCUGCAUUAGUUGACAAUGGCCAUGAUGACUCGAGUGAGUUUGUUGUAACCGUGUUAGCCCGGGGGAAGAUGGAAGAGCAGGGAAUGGGAAUGAAAGGAGCCUCAUCCCCUCUAUGCGAGACCGGUACACCUCUGGGACCUCCUUCGCACAGGAACGAGGAUGUGACGGCGGAAAGUUGGAGACUGCACAGGAAGCAUGUGUUUGUGUUGAGUGAGGCUGGGAAGCCCAUUUAUUCCCGAUAUGGAAGUGAGGAGGCUCUGUCCUCCACUAUGGGAGUGAUGAUGGCGCUGGUGUCCUUUGUGCAAAGUGGAGACAACAUCAUCCGUUCAGUCUACUCCGACGAGCACACGGUUGUGUUCAUGCAGCGGGGUCCUCUGGUGCUGGUGUCCGUCUCCAGCAGCCGUCAGUCAGAGCAGCAGCUCCGGAAUGAGCUUCUCUACGUCUACAACCAGAUCGUCAGCAUGCUCACGCAGGCCAGCAUCACCCGCAUCUUCGAGCACAAGAAAAACUACGACCUGCGUCGUCUGCUGGCCGGCUCGGAGAAGAUUCUCGACGGCCUCCUUAACCUCGUGGACUCAGACCCAAGCCUUUUACUCUGCGCUGUGCACUGUCUCCCCUUGGCCUCGUCUCUCAGGGACUCCCUCAGUCAGAUUCUCCAGAAGGCCAUCACGCCAAACCUGGUCUUCUCCAUCCUCAUAGCCAAGAACCAGCUGCUCACCAUAGUGCAGGAAAAGAUGGUCAUCGACGAUGCCCGACUGGAACCUGCCGACCUCCACCUUCUGCUGAACCUCAUCGGGGCGUCGUCCGCCUUCCAGGCCGGGGAGAUCUGGACGCCCAUCUGCCUGCCCAGUUUUAACCCUGACUGUUACUUUUAUGCAUACAUCUCCUAUCUGGACCCUCCUGAAUGUACUGUUUGUCUGGUUCUUCUCUCCACCGAUAAAGAGGCGUUUUAUUCUGUAGCCGAGUGUAAGAGGAAGAUCGAGGAGGCUAUGCAAGCGCAGAAUGCGCUGAACGCCAUAUCGAAAGCUCACUCGUACAGCGUUAGUCAGGUGGGAGUGUCUGACCUCAGGCAUUUCAUGUACAAGCCCUUCGACGUGCCAGACAACCAUCGGCAGCUGACGCAGUUCACCAGCCCAGAGAUGGAGGCCCCUUACGGCAGUGAGGAGGAGCAGAUGAGACUCCUGGACCUGUACAGAGACAUGCACAGCCGGAUCCACAGCACCUCACGCCCCCUCAAGCUCAUCUACCACGUGGCCGAACGCGAGACUCUGCUGGCCUGGGUCACGAGUAAAUUUGAGUUGUACACGUGCUUCAGCCCCCUUGUCACGAAAACCUGUGCCAUCAACGCCAUCACCAAACUGCUGCGCUGGAUCAAGAAGGAGGAAGAUCGUCUGUUUAUCCGAUACCCUCCGAAAUACUCCACAACCCCCAACCCCAGUAAGAGCUCUAAAGGAGAUGGACACUGAUCACCGACCCGCAGCGAUCCAAUCGCUAAAAUGGCAGGACGUGCAUCUCUGCAUUCUUAACUCAGUUUAGUAAUACAAUGGAGAUGAUUCAACCAAAUGAUCAUAAAUAAUCCACCGUGGGUAAAUAAGUUAUGUAAAGCUGCUGUUUGUUUGUUUGUCCAUUUGACAUCCUGGACUGGAUCUGAUUUUAUACAUUUAAGUAAAAAAACAGAAAACAAACAUAUUUUGUGAAAAUUAUAAACACCAGAAACAACUUUACUCAGCAAAAGGUCCAAUAAAAUGUGGAUUUUUUUUUCUUCAGAACUGGUGGCAAUGGCUGAUUAUUGAAGCUGUAACUGGAUUGUUUUACUUUACAGUAAAGUUUUUUUUUUUUUUUUUUUUGGUCAUGUAAUUGGAUAUAGAUUAGAAACUGUUAAUGCGAUAAACUGAAAUGAUCAAAUUUGGUGUCCUGAUGUCUGAAUCAGAAUAAUUUAGCUCUAAUUUAGCAUGGCUGCUCGAGCUGUGCAUUGUCACAAUGCACCUUUUCUGGUUGUUCAUUGUACUUAUGUAUUCUUUUAGAUGUUCACUUUGAUUUUGUCUUAUAUGGUUUUGCAUUUGAAACCGAACAGACCAAACCUUGCUCCAUUUUAAUUAAAGAAUAUAACAUGAGCUGAAACAUAUCAGAAGAUCUUAAAAUUCUGUCUUUACUAUGGGAUUAAUGUUCUUUCAUUUCUGUUUUCAGUUAGGUUACUGCGCAGCAUGUGUAGUUUAAUGUUGUGUAUGAGUUUUUGUUUCCUGUUGGAUUUGCCAGUCAUGAAUUGUGACAUUUACUUUUCUGGCAUGUGCACUAUGACGUCAUCAAAUCAUAAGAUCAAGAUCACCAUAAAAUGUAGGUUAAAACCACUGGACAUAAUAGGAAAAAUACUCUGUGUAUGACAAAAUACUUGCAAUUUUCUCAAGUUUGCUUUUCUGGAAAAAAAAAACAUUUGUAUUCAAGAGGAAUAAUAUAUUGGUGCUGUAAUAAAUCUGAGGUUGCUCAAGUA